CUGGGAACUAAACAAUGCGGCCCAAUGCUUGUCGGAUGAUAUGUAACCUCACAAACUGGAAAUAAACGUAGAAUAAAAUUGUCUUGUAACUUUAAUAAAAAAAGAAAGUUAUUAUAGAAAAAUUAUGUCACUUGUACGAAGGGGGCAGCAAUGGGGAACAUUUGCUCGCAUUUGGCACAUGUAUGAUGCAACAUGGCAAGAUCCAUAUAAAAGCGCCGAAAUUAUCAAAUUCUAUCUAAUGGGACUGUAUAAACCGAUAUAUCAUCCAUUGAACGAAUCUGGCGAUCACGUAGUAGUGAUAAAUAGCAAAGAAAUUGCGCUACGUGGAGACGAGUGGCGAAAGCGUGUAUAUUUCCAUCAUACCACGUAUCAUGGAGGUGCCAGUUGGACUCUUGCAUGGGAGUUGCACAAUAAGGAUCCAACUCUGAUCGUCAAGAAAGCUGUAUAUGGAGCGUUACCAAAAAAUUUACAACGGAGACACAUUAUGCAACGACUACACAUAUUCCCAAAUAACAAAGUACCAGAUGACAUCUUGAAAAAUAUCACUAGUCAAAUAAGACAGCUGAGGGACGUUCCAGUCCGAUUGGAUCAUAUUCCACAGGAAGAAGUAGACAACUUCCCACAACUACUCACGUAUCCCAAAAAUUAUAUCCUUAAAUAACAGGUAGACAAAAUAUAUUACAAAUAUGUAACUUACAAAAUAUUAUAGUAACAUAUAUUUAAUAAGAUCAAAAUCGUGAGAAUCA